AUGACCAACGAUACCUCGUUUACGAAAGCAUUAGCAACCAGAGCGAUCACAUGGAGAACAAUAACACCUUAUGCUCCGUGGCAGGGGGCAUUUUAUGAACGCCUUAUAAAAUCAGUGAAACAUUCUCUUUAUAAAGUGUUGCAAAAGACCAUUCCAGCAACGUUGCAAUUAACAACUCUUUUGGUAGAGAUCGAGGGAUGCCUAAAUAACAGACCGCUCACGUACAUCGAGGAAAAACCUGAUGAUCUAGUAAUAUUGCGACCAAUUGAUUUCAUUCAACGAGAUAUAAUAUUAACCUAUCCACUCGAGUCCACAAGUCUCCAAAAAGACGAAGAUUAUAUUCCUCCAUACGAACUAGGUUUGUUGCGAACCAGACUUCACAAAUUAACGGAACAGUAUUGGACCAUUUGGAGCCAAGAAUACCUCAAAAGCCUCCGAGAAACACAUGUGCUUAGUUUUGAUAAAAAAAGAAGCACUACUAUCCCUCCAACGAUUGGCACAGUGGUACUAAUUUACGAACCGGUCCUACUUCGAAAUACCUGGAGAAUGAGCCGUAUCGUAAAACUCCAACCAUCAGAGAGUGGAGCCAUACGAGAAGCACACGUCAAGCUACCAAACGGACGAAUCAUCAGAAGACCUGUUAAUUUACUUAUACCCUUAGAACUGGGAAACACCCAACCAAAUGAAUCUCCGAGUGUCGACGACGGGACAAAUACGGCUCCAGGUCACGACAUCAACAACGAAGAUAUGUUAGACGAAAAAUCGAGGGAACGUUAUAACUUACGACCACGACCAUAUACUCGCACCGUUCACUCAGUUCAAUCAUCAGAGUCUAAUGACGAACAUUUAAUCAUGACAAUAACAAACAUGCAACGGGCACUGCUAUUUACGAGCUCCAACAAUUUCUAA